AUGCAGGACGUGCCCGACGACGAUGACGAGGUCAGCAGCGAUGAGGACGGCGACGACAUCGGGGAAGGAGAUGGCGCUACCGGCAGGGGGAAGCAGUCACGCUCGGAGAAGAAGAGCAGGAAGGCGAUGCAAAAAUUGGGCAUGAAGCCCGUGCCGGGCGUGCAGCGGGUGACGAUCAAGAAGAGCAAGAACAUUCUCUUCGUGAUAUCCAAGCCAGACGUCUUCAAGAGCCCAGCAUCGGACACAUUCAUAAUCUUUGGCGAAGCCAAGAUUGAGGACUUGUCAGCGCAGAGCCAGGCGGCUGCUGCCGAGCCGUUCCGGAUCCAACCUGAGCCAGAGCCUCUGGAUGAAAAACCAGAGACUGCGCUGGUGGAGGUGGAGGAAGAUGGGGAGGAGGUGGACGAGACUGGCCUGGAGCCCAAGGACAUCGAACUUGUGAUGACCCAAGCGAACGUCUCCAGGGCCAAGGCAGUCAAGUCGCUCAGAAAUUCCGACCAGGAUAUUGUUUCAGCCAUCAUGGAGCUGACGAUGUGA